CGCUAAUUAUAUUUUGCAAUUUGUGAGUGAAUUCCUUGUUUUGAAAGAGAGGGUUGAGUUGGUUGACUUAACUUGGUUCCACUUUCCAAUUUGCUGCGGCUUGGCACCAUCAUCGACGAUCCGCGAAUUUACAGACGACAUCGACUCGUCUGGAUCUCUCUCACUGAUUUCAUAUUCGUCGUCUCUCCAUUUAGCAGUCAGCGCCUAAAGUCCAGCUGCCAAUCAACCACAAUCGGAAUCGAGAUCUGCUCUGCCAUAAGCCAUAAAAAAGGGACCAGCCCUGAUUCUCAUCCAACUUAGAAAUGAGGAUGGUGGGAUUAACUGGAGGAAUUGCUUCAGGGAAGAGCACUGUCUCCAAUUUUUUCAAGUCCAAUGGCAUUCCCGUAGUCGAUGCCGACAUUGUUGCUCGUAAUGUCUUGAAGAAGGGCACUGGUGGAUGGAAAAAAGUUGUGGCUACAUUUGGGGAGGACAUCUUACAGACCAACGGCGAGGUGGAUCGCGCAAAACUGGGUCAAAUCGUCUUUUCCGACCCUGCGAAACGGCAGCUUCUUAAUAGGCUGUUAGCGCCUUACAUUUCACGUGGCAUCUUUACCGAAGUCUUGAAGUUGUGGCUGAAGGGUUGCAAGAUAAUUGUUCUAGAUGUGCCCCUUUUAUUUGAAGCCAAGAUGGACAAAUGGACUAAACCUGUUGUAGUUGUUUGGGUUGAUCCUGAAACACAGCUCCAACGGCUCAUGAAGAGGGACGGAUCAACAGAGGAAGAUGCCAAAAGUAGGAUAAGUGCUCAAAUGUCUCUCGAUGUGAAGAAGGAGAAGGCAGACAUUGUGAUUGACAAUAGAGGGCCACUAGAUGCUUUGGAGGUGCAGUUUGGGUCUGUACUGAUUCAGAUCACAAAGCCACUGACUUGGACCGAGUAUGCACUUACAAGACAGGGAGCUAUUCUUGGUCUGGUUUCUAUUUUUGUUGGCAUUUCCAUAUGCAGGACUUGUGUGUGAUUAUUUGUACACUCUGUACUGUUUAGACUUGUGGGUUUGGUUCUUAAAGAUGUAUCCCAAGGUUUUGAGCAGAGUAUAUAAUGGGUGUUUAGCUUGGCUUCAAAAAAAAAACUUCAAUAACAAGUCAUACACAGU